GAGUUAGGUGUAUUAAUCUCUCUGAUUCAAUCAACUUCACAGUAGCAUAACUGAUUUGGAUUUGGGAUGAGCUAAUGAUGCUAAAAUGCUACCAAAAUACCAAGGGAGCCUUAGCAGAUAAUUCUGUUCCAGAACUAAUCAAACUCAAUUGCUCUCUCAAGAACCUUGUCCACGCCCACAGAUUCUCAGACGCCCUCCAUCUCUUCCAACAAAUCCACUCUCUCCGCCACCUCAAACCCGACCACUACACUCUUUCCACAGCCCUCACAGCCUGCGCCAACUCCCGCGAAAUCAGAGUGGGUGCCCAACUCCACAAUCUCUGCGUCAAAUCCGGCCUUCAAAGCUUCUCUCACGUUGCGAAUGCCCUGCUCUCGCUGUAUGCGAAGUUGCGGGACUUGGCAUCGGUGAAAAGGGUCUAUACUGAUAUAAGCGAGCCCGAUGUGUACUCGCAUACGACACUGUUGUCAGCUUGCACGAAGCUCGGCGAACUUGAUUAUGCUCGUAUGGUGUUCGACAAAAUACCUGAAAGAAAUGUGCAAGUCUGGAAUGCGAUGAUCACGGGCUGCGCUGAGAAUGGCCUUGAUGGGCUUGCGUUCGAUUUCUUCCGGAGAAUGCGUAUCCUUGAUGUGAAAGCGGAUAACUACGCGUUUGCUAGUGUUGUGAGCUUAUGUACAGCUGGGCAGCUUGAUUUUGGGAGGCAACUUCAUUGCUUGGUUUUGAAGAACGGAUUUUUGAGGAAGGCGUCCGUCGCUAAUUCAUUGCUCACUAUGUAUUUCAAAUGUGGAAGUGCUGGUGAUGCUUGUGAAACGUUUGAGGAAAUCGGGAGAGAAGUUGGUGACGAGAUAGCAUAUAAUGCAGUUAUAGCGGGAUUGGUCAGUAUGGAAAGAGAUGAAGAAGCUCUGUUGAUGUUCAAAGAUAUGCAAACCGUUGGUCUGAAACCAACUGAAUUGACUUUUGUGAGUGUAAUGGGAGCUUGUUUCGAUUCUGAACUUGCUACUCAAGUACAUGGCCAAGCUAUCAAGAUGAGUUUUGGAGAGUCCACUAAAGUUAAUAAUGCAGCAAUAAGCAUGUAUUCUAAUUGCGGAGAGUUAGCUGCAGCGUGUUUGGUUUUCAGAGCGUUGGAAGUGAAGGAUGUCGUGUCAUGGAAUGCCAUUAUAGCAAGCUAUGCUCAAGAGAGCCUGAGUGGAGAUGCUAUCUCCACCUACCUUCAGAUGCAAAGGAAUUGCGUUGAGCCAGAUGAAUUCACUAUUGGAAGCUUGCUAGCAAACUUAGAUUCAGUAGAGGUAGUUGAGAUGAUACAAGCAGUUCUAGUGAAAAGGGCGCUCAUUCACAGAGUUGAAGUUGCAAACGCAUUGCUUUCAGCGUUAUCUAGGAACAGUGCGAUAGAGAAGGCCCACGAAAUCUUCUGUCAAAUGCACUCAAGAAAUGUAAUAUCUUGGAAUGCAAUGAUAUCUGGAUUUCUAUUAAAUGGAUUCCCAGAGGAAGGGCUGCAACAAUUUUCGGAAUUACUUGAAUUAGGUCUAAAACCAAAUCAUUACACUUUGAGCCUUGUUUUAAGCAUUUGCUCCAGUAUAUCAGAUCUUCUGCAUGGGAAGGAAGUUCAUGCUUACUUACUGAAAUUGGGUUAUUUCGUUCACACCUUGCUUGGUAAUGCCCUCAUUGCGUUGUACUCCAAGUGUGGGGCUUUGAACUGGUCAUUGAAAGUGUUCCACAGUAUGACCAAUAGAGAUGCUGUUUCUUGGAACUCAGUGAUCUCCGCCCAUGCACUGCACGGAGAGGGCAAGGAGGCCAUCGAGUGGUUUGAGGCUAUGCAGUGUUCGAGUACAGUCAGGCCGGAUAAGGCAACUUUCACUGCAGUGCUAUCAGCUUGCAGCCAUGCAGGUUUAGUUUCUGAUGGUAUUAGGAUCUUCAAUUUGAUGGUGAAGGGAUAUGGCAUUGAGCCCGAAAUGCAUCACUUCUCUUGUGUGGUCGAUCUAUUAGGGCGGGCCGGGUUUCUUGAUGUAGCGGAGAGGCUGAUCAAGGAUAGUGGCAGUGAUAUCGACCCGAGCGUUUGGUGGACUUUGUUGAGUUCUUGUGCAGCCUAUGGCCAUCUGCAUUUGGGAAAUAUAGUUGGAAAGUUUCUUCUUGAAACAGGGCAUGAUGAUGAUCCCUCGCUUUACAUUCUGCUGUCGAAUCUUCAUGCUAAUGCUGGGAAAUGGGAAGAGGCAGCUAGGUUUAGGGAAGAGAUGAAGAAAUAUGGUGUGAUGAAGCAACCUGGAAGAAGUUGGAUCUCCCCAUGAUAAGAAGGGAAAACAAGGACAGAGCAAACUGCAGACCUUAGUAGGUUGCGUGAUGGUGUUAGUGUUGCAAGUGGGAAUUUCCUUGCAGCUAAGAUUAGAAGACGUCUUUUUUGGUUUUGCAUCUCGCUCAAUAUCAUGUUAUUCCUACAAGAAGUUAUUCUGCAUAUGUGAUAGGAUCAUCAUUCAAUGCCUCCAGAUUGAGAAAGGAUUUUGACUGGAAUUUUCGAUGGUAUUGACGAAAAAGGGAACCUUGGUUAAGGUAAAGCAUCAGUAUAGAAUUGCUCCAAGGUUGAUAUAUCAUUGGAUGAAGGGGAAGACCCAACCUCGUCAUAUGCAGAUGGAGCAAAGGACUAUGCAGAAGGGCUAUGAAAUGGUAUCGUCAUUCUUACCAAGGCCCAGAUUAAUUUUAACUGACCUAGAGAUGAUGAGGAGCAUAAAUGUGGAAGAAGCUGGAGAGCAGUUGCAGACGAGAAGCUGCAGUUGCAGUUCGCGGCAGAAGUGGCACAAUGUUUGUUCAGAAUGUGUUUCUAGAGCUCGAUUCUUGUAAGUUAAUUUAGACGAGACUUCACUUAGUUGCAAUGGCUUAUAUGAUUUCA